CAAAACGUUUCGUUUUCAGUCCUGGGAUCGAUUUGGCGACACCCCAACAAAGCGAAACAGAAAUUGGCGAAACAGAAUGGUAAUUGACGAUGUCUCAAUUUCUACUCUCUACUUUCGUGCUAUUUCGUUUAUUUUGGUGCUUAAAGCAAGGUGAAUUUAAAACUCCCAAAACCCUUAAAAGAAGUGUCCAGUUUAACUAAACCGAGGUUGAAAGAAAUUUAAAAGUACUAUCUAUUGAUUUUGAAAAAUCAAUCGGUAAAAAGGCGCUUGUCAACGUCGUAUGUAACGCUUUAAAAAUCUCCACUUCGGGUCCUGGAAGCAAUGCUACCAAACAAUCUUCUCGUUCGUGCACCAACACUCCAACAAUUAUGUUUCUUCAAAAACUAACAGACUGGCAGAAAAACUUAAAUGGAGUACCACUACUGAUGGAAGAAUCCAUAGUAAAAGAGUACUUGAUUGGAGCUGGCUACGACAAGAAAGCAGUGAGAAAAUACAAAACACUACGUGCUUGGGAGCACAAGAAAGGAAUUCAUUCAGUCAAAAUUCAUUUGCUUCCUGAAUACAAGAAAUUUUGGGCUCUAAGAGGCAAUUGUAAUCCCUCGUUUUCUAUUGACCGUGAAGAAAGUAAACUGAUAUACUUGGUACUACAAAGGUCUAAAAGCAAGCCAGUGUUUACCUACUGCACAUGUACUGUUGGGUAUGUUUGUUCUACCAUUUAUAAAACAGUUAAUACACGUAGCUCUGAAUGA